CUCUUUCUUGGAUUUUCUCACUACAUCGAAUGUGACUCGUUUGUCGCUAAUAUCAGAAUGCGUGGUUCCUACUACUUUGUAAUUGUUAGCCAUGAAGACUGUCCCAUUUUUGAACUUGCGCAGCCAGGUGCACCCAAAACAUCAGAACAAAAGAUUGAUUUAAAUUAUCUAACCCAGUUCGUUGCUCACGCAUCUCUGGACAUGGUUGAUGAAAACAUGUGGAGCACGACCUCGACCUAUUUAAAAGUGGUUGAUAGGUUCAACGAGUGGCUAGUUUCAGCCUUCAUCACGCCGACAGAUAUCCUUUUUUCCUAA